AUGGCUCGAGUCAAUCGCUUUGGCUUCCUGGCCUUGGCCUUGGCCUUCCAUCUGGUAUACAUAUACUCGAUAUUCGACAUCUACUUCGUUAGCCCUAUUGUGUCGGGUAUGCGCGAGUUUGGGGUGCAGAGGCCAGAUGGCGUUGAAGCUCCCGCUCAAAGGCUGGUUUUGUUUGUUGGCGACGGUCUUAGAGCAGAUAAAGCGUUCCAAUCCUUCCCCGAACCCUAUCCCAGGAACGAUGCAGACCUCGUCCCCCGCCCCCUAGCAUCCUUCAUCCGCUCCCGAGUCCUCGAACAUGGAACUUUCGGUGUCUCCCAUACGCGUGUACCCACGGAAUCUAGACCGGGGCAUGUGGCGCUCAUCGCAGGGCUGUAUGAAGACGUUUCUGCGGUCACUACAGGAUGGAAGCUCAACCCGGUGAACUUUGACAGUGUGUUCAACCGCAGCAGACAUACAUGGUCUUGGGGUAGUCCGGAUAUCUUGCCCAUGUUCAAAUUGGGAGCCGUAGAGGGAAGAGUUGAUGCGGAUACGUAUAGAGCGGAGGAGGAGGACUUUUCGCAAGAGGCGUCAGGGCUGGACGUUUGGGUCUUUGAAAAGGUGAAGGCCUUCUUUCAGGAGGCUGCCACGAAUGCAACGCUUGAUGCACAGCUGAGGCAGGAUAAGAAUGUGUUCUUCCUCCAUCUGUUGGGUCUGGAUACGAAUGGCCAUGCGUUCCGCCCCUACUCGAAGGAGUAUCUAAAUAAUAUCAAGAUUGUGGAUCAGGGCGUGCAGGAAAUUUCACAGCUGAUCGAGGAAUUCUAUGGGGAUGGCAAGACGGCGUUUGUGUUCACGGCUGACCAUGGAAUGAGUGAUUAUGGCAGUCAUGGGGAUGGUCAUCCGGAUAACACACGAACCCCACUUGUUGCUUGGGGAUCCGGAGUAGCAAAGCCGGUCAAGACUGAGGGAAUUGCGCCUGGUCAUGAUGAGUUAUCUUCAGAUUGGGGCUUGGACAACGUCCAGAGACACGAUGUCGCUCAGGCUGAUGUUGCUGCGUUGAUGGCAUAUUUGGCUGGACUCGAUUUCCCUGUCAACUCGGUAGGCGAGUUACCCUUAUCUUUUCUGUCCGGGGAUACUGCGGCCAAAUCCAAAGCAUUCUUGGCGAAUGCUCGGGGAAUUCUCGAUAUGUAUCGCGUCAAGGAGGAGCAGAAGAAGGCAACGGAACUUCGUUAUCGACCUUUCAAAGCUCUCGGCGACGAAGCACACUCUGUCGACCAUCGUGUCGAAGCUAUUCAAACGCUCAUUGAUGCUGGGCGCCACGAAGAGGCCAUCGAAGAAACUGCUGCCCUUGUCAAAGUCGGUCUUGACGGCCUUCGCUACCUCCAAACCUAUGACUGGCUCUUCCUUCGCGCCCUCAUCACCAUCGGAUACCUUGGCUGGAUCGCCUUUGCACUAACUACCGUAGUCGACCUGCACGUCUUGCACGGCAGAACUGAGACCUCGCGUACAGCUCUCGGCACUACAUUUUUCUCCUCUGUUCUUGUAGCCUUAUACGCUUCUUUCAUUAUAUCCAAAUCUCCGCAUACGUACUAUGCCUACGCCAUCUUCCCCGUUGGGUUUUGGGAGGAGGUGUAUGCAAGACGUGGGGCGCUUGAGGAAGGGAGAAAGGCCCUGUUUGGGCAUGUUAGAUCUGCGGGCGGGCCUUUUAUACUUCUUUUGAAUGCGAUUGCUGGCUUAGCUCUCAUUGAAUGUCUGGCAUUGGGAUACACGCAUCGGGAGGUGUUUUCUGUAAUAUGGGUUGUGGCCGCGUUUUGGCCGGCGUUCUACGGCAUGAAAUUUCUACGGACUAAUAAGGAGCUUGUGGGAACUUGGGUGGCUUCUUGUGUAGCGAUGAGCUCAUUCACUUUGUUGCCUGCGAUGAAGGUUGAGGACGUGGCUCUCAUCGUGUCGGGUGGUUGUUUGAUGGCGGCGAUUGGAGUCGCCUACCUAAUCUUCGAAGAGAAGCUACUCUAUAAAGCAGAACCGGUCGGGGCUUCUACAGAACCCGCUAAAAAUAGUCUCUCGAGGGCGUUGAUUGGAGCACAGAUUGGCUUUAUAAUUCUGGCCACAAUUGUUACACGGUCCAGCGCAAUUUCUCUACAGGCGAAAUUAGGACUUCCAAAAGGAAACCAGAUAGUCGGAUGGUUUGUGUUGGUCCUACCACUUCUCAUGCCCUUCCUCCACCGAUUACAACCUAACAAUCACUACUUGCACCGUUUGAUGGUGAUCUUCCUGGCCUUCUCUCCCAUAUUCGUCCUCCUCACCAUCUCCUACGAAGGCCUCUUCUAUCUCGGCUUCUGCGUAACCCUCAUCACCUGGGUCCGCCUCGAACACAAAAUCUACAUAUAUUCGAAGCUCUCGCCUACCUCACUUGCUCAGGGCAGCAAAAUCACCAACGGUUCGGCGAUGACCCCCUCAAUUCUAUCCUCUCCCUUUCGAUCUCUCACCCUCUCCGACCUCCGCACCUCCCUCUUCUUCCUCACCCUCCUACAAAGCGCGUUCUUCAGCACCGGUAACGUCGCCUCCGUCUCCGCCUUCUCUCUCGAUUCCGUCUCACGUCUCAUCCCGGUCUUUGACCCAUUCUCCCAAGGCGCGCUGCUGAUCCUCAAACUCAUGAUCCCCUUCGCACUCAUCUCCGCCAACCUAGGCAUCCUCAACAAGCGACUAGGAGUUGCACCCAGUGCUCUGUUUAUGGUGGUGAUGGCGAUCAGCGAUUUCUUGACGCUGCACUUCUUCUGGGUGGUGAGGGACGAGGGGAGUUGGUUGGAGAUUGGGAGUACGAUUUCCCAUUUUGUGAUUGCGAGUUUACUGUGUAUGUUUGUGGCUAGUUUGGAGGGUGUUAGCGAGAUAUUUAUUGCUGGGGUGCAAGUCGAGGACGGCUCAGCACAGCUGGUGAGAGAGCAAGCACUUCGCAGUGCUGUGGAAACGGAAAGGCAGAAUGAGGAGAACCUUAAGAAAGAACAUGUUGUGGAAGCGAAGGUCAACGGGGGCUCUCAUCAUGGGGUGGUGAAGCCGGCUGCGAAUGGUGUUGGGAGCUAG